AUGGGAAUGAUACGCACGACGAAUGCCAAAUUGACGACGUGCCGCAUGCUGAAGGCAGCAGCGAAUCGCUUUUGGAUGCUGAGGCAGCGCAACUGGACCGGCGGCAUUUCUUCGCGGACUGCCACGUCCGUGCCCCUCUUCGUGCAAAGCACUGCAACGACUGCGGGCGAUGCGUGGAACACUACGACCAUCAUUGCGUAUGCGCAGACAGUCGAGGCAGUUUGGGGCAUGGAUAUUGCGUCUUUCGGGAUGCGAAUGAACGACGAGACUGACGAGAAAAGUCUGGAACAGUGGGUGCAAGACAGCUUUCCGUUCAUGCUGCUCAUUGUGUUUGGAUUCUUUGUGUUUUUGAUUGCGUUUGGGCUGUUCUGCUACCACGUCUUCCUCAUCACAACAAACCAAUCGUCAUGGGAACACGCCAAACGAAGCAAGAUCACGUACCUGAAGGACCUCCCGCUGGACGUACUGCCAUUCAGUCAAGGUGCCCUAAUGAACAUUUGGUUGUUCCUACGAGGACGCCCGAGGAACGUGUGGACGUACAACAUGGAGACCAAAGUGGGAACAACAUUAUCUCGGCCGCCUUCAUUCGAGGCGAUCGGCGCCGCUCCUACCGCCUUGGAAGUGUCUACGAGUAUUGCCGCUGAUGUCGUCGAAUGA